GGCAGAGGGGCCGAGCCCCUCCGCAGCCGGGCGAGCCCAGGUGGAGCUGGCACGGUCAGAACGCGGGCUGUGAGCCGCGGAAGGGGAGGCGGCUUUGGAUAAUGCUGCCCGUUCCAAGAGCCAGGGAUUGGGGAAGAGAGAUGACUCCCAGACUCCUGGAGAGACAAGGAUCUGGUCCUGCCCUUCCUGCUGACCCAAACCAGGCAUUUAGUGGUGGCUUGGCAGUGCUGGGUCGGACUCCAUGAUCUUAGAGAGCUUUUCCAAUCCAAACUAUUCUGUGUGUCCACAAUUUCCAAUCUAUGAUUCCGUGUGAGAUCUGGCUUGGGAUCCUCUCCAAUCACUUGGGAUUGGGAUGAUGGCUUGGGAUCCCUGGGGGUCAUUUCCAGUCAUGUGGGAUUGGGAUGAUGGCUUAGGAUCCCUGGGGAUCAUUUCCAGUCACUUGGGAUUGGGAUGAUGGCUUGGGAUCCCUUGGGAUCAUUUCCAGUCACGUGGGAUUGGGAUGAUGGCUUGGGAUCCCUGGGAAUCAUUUCCAGUCACGUGGGAUUGGGGUGAUCCUUCGGGAUCCCCAGUGAUCAGUUGGGAUCAGAGCACUGGGCUGUGUUUUCCGGAGGUUUUAACUCGGUUUUUCCCUGUUUGUGCUGCAGGUGGGAGCAGCGGGAGCCGACCAUGGCCCUGGCAGACCCCGCGGGCUGUGCCAAAGGCAGUGAGGACAACAACCCCUUCCCUGACAUCAUCGAGCUGAACGUGGGGGGACAGGUGUACAUCACCCGGCACCCCACGCUGGUCAGCGUGCCCGGCUCGCUGCUCUGGGAGAUGUUCACCCAGAAGAACGUGCGCUCGCUGGCCCGCGACAGCAAGGGCCGCUUCUUCGUGGACCGGGACGGGUUCCUGUUCCGCUACAUCCUGGAUUACAUGAGGGACCAGCAGCUGGUGCUGCCCGAGCACUUCCCGGAGCGCGGCCGGCUGCAGCGCGAGGCCGAGUACUUCAUGCUGCCGGAGCUGGUGAAGCUGCUGGCGCCCAAGCUCAGCGAGCAGAACUCCCUGGGGGACGAUCCCUGCCAGAGCGACCCCGAGGAGCUGUCCCCCGACGCCACCCGCGGCCUGGCCUCGGCCUCCACCGUGCUGCCCAGCGCCGCGUCCGGCGGUGCCGGCGCCGAGGGCCGCAGGGCGGGGUUCAUCACCAUCGGCUACCGCGGCUCCUACACGCUGGGCAGGGACAGCCAGACGGACGCCAAGUUCCGCAGGGUGGCCCGGAUCAUGGUGUGCGGCAAGACCUCGCUGGCCAAGGAGGUCUUUGGGGACACCUUGAACGAGAGCAGGGACCCGGACAGGCCCCCGGAGAGGUACACGUCCAGGUACUACCUCAAAUUCACCUUCCUGGAGCAAGCCUUUGACAAACUGGCCGAUGCCGGCUUCCACAUGGUGGCCUGCAACUCCACGGGCACCUGUGCCUUCGCCCACGAGCAGACGGACGACAGGAUCUGGACCUCUUACACCGAAUAUGUUUUCUACCGUGAGUGACACAAAACCAACCCUCCGCCAACCAACCACCGACUGUCCCUUUCCUGUCCCGUGCUGGCUGUGGCCUAGAAGGUAGAGAUCCGUCCCCGAAUCCCGGCGUCCUCCCUUUGCCUCCUUUUCAGUUGGUUCUUGGGUUUUUUCCCUCCUCCUUGCUCCACGCUGAACCUGCCCGGCUCUUCCUUGUAGCGGCUGCUGACCACCAACCUUCCUCCCUCUCUCCGACUUCUGGCAACUCCCAACCCUCCCUGGAUGUGCGGACUCGGACACUGCUGCGGACGUGGGAUGGGUGGGAGGGGUGGGACACUCCGGACGCUGCUGGAAUUCCUGCAGCUGGAUGGGCUUGGACACUGGACUGGGCUCUCUGUCCCGUGCAGCUCCGUGGGAUCAUCCCGCACGCACUGGGACCUGCCAAGGGGGUUGGGAGAGGAAUCACUGGGAUAAGGACAUGGGGAAGGUGGGAAGCAGAGCCGGGGAGGGGGUGGGGGUUGGAAAGUCGCAGCCUGGCAGCACGGCUGGAUUGGCAGGAGCCCCGUAAGCAGCUUAGCCUGAGACUGGCAGCGCUUGGGAAGGGGAGAGGCUCCCCCUGUGCUCGCAGCUCCGAGCUGAGACAUCCCCGCGGCUCCGGGAUGCCUCGGGGGGGAUUUCG